AUGGCAUCUCUGUACCCCUUCAGUGGCCCUUAUGCUCGUUUAAGUUUUAUCCACGGUAUGAAUGCUGCUGUGCGCGCAGUAGUACGCAUGGGAAUCUAUGUAAAAGCCAAAGUGUAUUUUGUUUAUGAGGGUUACCAGGGUAUGGUUGAUGGAGGUGAUAAUAUUGUAGAAGUUUCAUGGGAAAGUGUUUCAAGUAUCCUACAAGUGGGAGGUACAGUUAUCGGUAGCGCACGCUGCAAAUCCUUCCGUACCCGGGAGGGCCGCCUGCAGGCAGCCUACAACCUGGUUCAGAGGGGGAUCACGAACCUGUGUGUGAUUGGUGGAGACGGCAGCUUAACUGGUGCCAACCUGUUCCGCGAAGAAUGGAGUGGGCUUCUAGAAGAACUGGCACAGAAAGGAAAGAUUGAUGAAGAGGCUGUUAAGAAAUAUGCUUACCUGAACAUUGUGGGAAUGGUUGGAUCCAUAGACAAUGACUUCUGUGGCACUGAUAUGACCAUAGGUACUGACUCGGCAUUGCACAGAAUCAUUGAAGUUGUGGAUGCCAUCAUGACCACUGCUCAAAGCCAUCAGAGGACGUUUGUUCUGGAGGUUAUGGGGAGACACUGUGGGUAUCUAGCCCUUGUUAGUGCCUUAGCCUGUGGUGCAGAUUGGGUGUUUAUUCCUGAAUAUCCACCAGAAGAAGGAUGGGAAGAUUCAAUGUGUGUUAAGCUUUCAGAGAACCGUGCACGAAAGAAAAGGCUGAAUAUUAUUAUUGUAGCUGAAGGAGCUAUUGAUUGCCACAACAAACCUAUAACGUCAGAGAAGGUUAAGGAUCUUGUGGUUCAGCGGCUGGGUUUUGACACUCGGGUGACUAUCUUAGGUCAUGUGCAGAGAGGUGGAACCCCUUCGGCUUUUGACAGAAUUCUG